UUCAAUAAUAAUAAUAAAAAUAAUAAGUGGAGAAUGAGGUAAUUUAGCGUCACCUGAAAUGGCGCUAAGAUUGUGUAGCACCGUACUUUCAGUUUCUGUUGUACGUACAAAUCAUUGUUCGAGGAAACCCACGUUCAGAAGUGUUUCUGCUCCUACCAAUACUACAAUUAGAAUGUCUUCAAGUGAAACAAUCCCUUCAACUUCUUCAACCUCCAACGUCAUUGAUUCUCAUCUACACGUUUGGGCUUCCCCUCAAGAGGCUAGUAAAUUCCCUUACUUUCCUGGACAAGAGCCCAAUUUACCAGGAAAUGUAGAUUUUCUGCUCCAGUGCAUGGAAGAAGCAGGAGUAGAUGGUGCACUCAUUGUGCAGCCAAUUAGUCAUAAAUUUGAUCAUAGUUAUGUCACAAGUGUUUUAAAGAAAUACCCGACCAAAUUUAUUGGUUGUUGUCUUGCUAAUCCAGCUGAUGAUGGAAGUGGGCUUAAGCAGUUUGAACAUCUUGUUCUCAAGGAUGGCUACCGUGCUGUUAGAUUCAACCCUUAUUUGUGGCCAUCUGGUGAAAAGAUGACGAAUGAAAUAGGAAAGACAAUUUUCAAAAGGGCUGGGGAACUCAAUGUAGCAGUUGGUUUCAUGUGUAUGAAGGGGCUUGAUCUGCAUAUUUCUGAAAUUGAGCAAUUGUGCACAGAGUUUCCAUCAACGCUUGUAUUGCUUGAUCACUUGGCCUUCUGCAAACCACCAUUAAAUGACAAGGAAGAUUUUGUCUUUUCCAAGCUACUAAAUCUAGCUAGAUUUCCACAAGUAUAUGUGAAAUUCAGUGCUCUCUUCAGAGUAUCAAGAACACAACUUCCUUAUCUGGAUUUGUCUCCUCUCUUGUCCCAACUUGUCUCUAGCUUUGGUGCUAAUCGUGUAAUGUGGGGCAGUGAUUUCCCAUUUGUUGUUCCUGAAUGUGGAUACAAAGGAGCCAAAGAAGCAGUGCAGCUUAUUGCUAAUCAGAUACCUUUGCCUUCUUCUGAUUUAGAAUGGAUCAUGGGUAAAACUGCUGCACAACUCUUCCAUAGCCAGUUGACUGUUGCUAAGCAUGAAUGAGGUUGGGAAUGUUACCUCUUGGUUGAGCCUUAGUUUUGGUUCGACUUUUCAUGCGUCUGGCGCUGCUUUCACCGCAAUUUUAUAGAGAUGCUCGAAACCAAACUUCUACUACACUUUUCACUGUGAAUUUGGUGAUACUUGACAGAAGCAAACUGUACUUAACUCUUUACUUACUUUACUUACAAACAAACUAUCUGUUGAUAAACACAUUGUGUCAUAGAACAUCUUUUGGAGGUGAGGGUAAAACUGCUUAACUGGAUUCAACUCCUACAUUCUUCUUUAUAUGAUUAUAUAUUAGCAGAAGUUAUGACUCGGAAGUAAUAGAAAAGCCUCAAAUUGUGUAUA